AUGCGACGUAUGCCGACAUUUGGGCGUGACCGCAUUCGGCGAUUCUCGCAUGACGUUGCCUCCCGCAAGCGUCUUGCAGCCCGUGAUUAUGAAGCCUUCUUGAUUACAAUGAUGCCUGCUUUGGAAGGUCUCCUUGACCUCCCAGAUGACCAGACAGUUGCGGACCUUCUAUUUGAACUCGCCAAUUGGCAUGCUCUAGCCAAACUCCGACUACACACCACUAUCACAAUCAAUAUCUUCCGCGCAGCAACAAAGCACAUGUAUGAUGUGAUUCGGACAUUCGCUAACAAGAUAUGCCUCCGGUACCAGACAAAGGAGCUCUCAUCAGAAGCCACAGCACGAGUGCGACGGGCGAAAGCCACGAACGUACACACCCUAACUUCCAGCACCCGCAGGCCUAUCGCAUUUACGGUCCAUCACACCUACAAGUUUCAUAGCUUAGGCGACUACCCCAACCACAUUGAACGGUCUGGAUCAGCGGACAACUACAAUACACAAGUUGUGAGUACCAUUACUGUUGUCUCGCUGGCUAGCAACUGUAUGGGGCUUCAUGGACAGCGCUGCAUCUGUGGCCAUGCCACAGCUAACGUCCACCUGGACGAGUGCUCAUGA